AUGAUACGAACAAAACAUUCCAAAAGAUCGUUUCCUUUCAGCAAAUUACCUCAAGAUAUCAUAGAAAAUAUCAUCAGGUUCUCCAUAAAAAAUACAUCAACGACUUUAAAAGGUUCACAAUUAAUCUUCGUUAAUCGGUUAUUCGCAAAAACAUCGAUACCCCACAUAUGGAAACAUUUAUACUUGAGGGAACCUUCGCAACGAAUAAUCUUCAGCAUAUUAUCAACCCCGUCAGAAGAACUGAUGUUUGAUUAUAAAUCCUUGGUACGAAGAAUCACCAUAUGUCCGAUAUCCAUAUCAUAUAUGAACUCGGGAGGUUUAUUAAAAACCUUGGAGAUCGUACGAAAAUUUUUCACAUCACCGUUGGUCGCCGUUUCGAUUGAAGAUAAAUUGAGUUUUUGUCACGUUUGUCAUGUAGGAAAAGAGAUUACUUGGAAUCAGGUAGCGAGCGAGUUAUUGGCUUGGAAAGGAUUAAAGGAAUUAACGUUGGAUUCCAAUCAUUCGGCCUUUAACGAUGAGUUGUUAGGCGUGCUUUUACCUAACUUUGCUCCCUUCGUGGACAGACAAAGAAGAAUUCAUGGGGGUUUACAAAAAAUUUCCCUAAGUGGUGUCAACUUUACCGAUCAAGGAAUACUUCAAUACGUUAUUCCUUACGCUAAGGAUACCUUGGUCGAAUUUAGUGCCGGAUAUAAAGGAGUGAAUCCAACGAAUAACAUUACUGGUUUAUCUAUACUUGAAUUGUUGAAAAAUUGUAAAAAUCUUUCAAGAAUUUAUUUAGAAGGGGUUGCCUUAAGUGACUCGGAUUUUGUCAAACACCUCACAAUGACAAACGAUGACGACCUUUCCGCUUACUGUGAUGAAUUGUUAGGUGACAAUUUAUCCGAUUUCGAUUACGAUGAUGAUAUGGUAUAUAAUUCUUCUUCGUCGUCUCCGCAUAACUCCCUUAUUCUUUCCCAUCCGUCACCAACCACUUCCGUGCAACAACAUCCGUCCGCUCAAAUAGAAUAUUUAUAUCUUGGUAAAACAAAUCCUUCUACAUUUACCCACUUGGGACUCCAAUCCCUUCUUUCCCUUUGUCAUAAAUCCCUUCAAACCUUGGUAAUAGAUAUAGAUUAUAUUUCUCAAUCCGUUUUAUUGGAUGUAAUCAUACCAUUAUUCUCUUGUACUAAAUUACAAGAGAUUCAUUUGAUAUCCGAAAGUUGGUAUGAAUGGGCUUUACAUUAUCCCCGUCCUCGUUACGAAUUUGAGAUUCAAGCAAAAGAAGCCAUGUGGAGAUGGAAGUUAAAAGCUUAUUGGGAAUUAAGUAAUGAAUUAAUCAAUCAUGUUGGUGAUAAAAUCGAAAGUUUACGAGUCUUUAGUAUAUUGGGAGAAAAUUAUCUCGGAAAAAGCCUGUAG